GAGAUUGAAAGUGGAGAGAGACAGUAAGGCUUAUGCGUCUCGGACUCUCGUCAGGGAAACAUCAUACUUGAUCACCCUGAAUAUGUUUUGACUUUUGCAAUGGCAUUCGUUUAAUGAAGCGUAGUACAUCAGUACUGGAUACCUUGAGGAAACAUCAUGCAUAAGCUCCGCGGAACUCGGAGCUGUUUUUCUGUGAAGAAUGUUUUAUUUUUCGUAUCACCGCUGUAAUCGAAUAUGAAUUAUGCAUUUUGUGCGAACAGUCGCUUGUAAGGUGCUUGAAGUCCCAAGAAUCAUGGUGACUUGACGGAUUUAUCUUGCGUGACCUGAUGUCCGAUGGAAACAGUGGAUGAGUAAAAGCACCUAUUCCGUCGAUCAGUGGCAUAUAUUUUGUCCCGUCGCUCAGUUUAUUUGCACUCAUAUAAGAAUUUGUCUUCUCAUAAUAAAAUGCGCGCGCAGCUGAAUUAAUGAAGAACUUGUCUUGGAUAAUAAUCACAGAGGGUUUGGAAACUACACAAUGAGGCUGAGAUCAUCUAGAUUGGGUUACUUGUUCCUUCAAUGUUUGACUCUAUGUUUUUACACUCAGCUAAACUUGUGGAAACUGACACAUUUGGAAGCCGGGUUCGAAUCAGAGGAGCAAAAACAGGAUACUACAUUUGCAUGAACAAGAAAGGCAAGCUUAUUGGGCGGAGGAAGGGCCAUGGCAGGGACUGCAUAUUUACAGAAAUUGUUCUGGAAAAUAACUACACGGCUUUGCAGAACACUAAGUACAAAGGCUGGUACAUUGCCUUUACACGCAAGGGCCGACUCACAAAAGCCACGCAGACCCAGCAGCACCAGCGAGAGGCCCACUUCAUGAAACGUCUUCCUCGAGGACACCUGUUCACAGAACAGAAGCCUUUCGAUUUAAUCCCGUAUCCCCUUAACAAGAGGACUAAGCACCAUCAGCGCAUGAGCGUGAAUUGAGAAAAGGGAAGCGAGUGACGUGCUUAGACAUGCAGUCAAACACUGCUGGAGCCCCUGUCAUAUCUUAUACUGAUUGGCCUUCAUAACGCCCCUGUCAUAUCUUAUACUGGAAUGCUAUCUUAAUUUGAGUUUAUCUAAUCUAUGUGCAUCCAGAGUUAUUGGACAUUAUGGCAAACUUUUUGAAAAAGUGGACUCGUGAUUGUUAUAAAUAUCAAGGAACCUGAGCAGACUCUGAGGUGAAUGACUGUACUAGGAACAGUGUGUUCUGGGAAAAUGCCAGUAUAAUGACUGAGGAUACGGAACUGUUGACUGAACAGAGUGCACUGUAGGCCUUGUAAUAAUGAACAACAUAUCUCUGGGAAUGAAACAUGACAACAGAACAUUUCACCAACGUUGCAGCUACCUACUGAUGAUCGCAAACACAUGCAGAUACACACAGAUUCCAUAAUGUUGAAUUAUGUAAUCAAAAAGCAUCUUUAUUGUUUGUACAUUACUAUAUAUUUUUAUUGGAAGAUUCUUAAAGAAUAAUGGAAAUAUUUAUAUUAGAGCGUGUAUUAAAUUCAU